GCGAGCGAGUGGCGCUGCAGCUAGUUGGUUGGCGGGACUGCUGGCCCAGCUGAAAUGGUUCCUCCUCCUCCUCCACCUCCGCCCGAGUUGCUUCUGGUAGCCCUGGUGGGGCUCCUGAGUCUUCGCGAGGUGGUGGCUGAGCCGGUGGAGGAGGCAGGAACCCCUUGUCCCGAAGGCCUGUGGCCUGUGCCUCCACAGGUGUUACCAAGAGUGACUUACACACAGGCGAGGCAAGGACAGGCCGAGGGCAUCGCCUUCUUCUACCACCCCUGUGCCCACCCCUGGCUGAAGUUCCAGCUUGCUCUCUUGGCCCAUGUGUAUGUGGCUAAGCCCACACUCAUUCCUGACUUCAGUCUCACUUGGGACCGGCCCUUGGUGCUGACAGCAUGGGGUACCGCACUGGAGCUGGCAUGGAUAGAGCCAGCCUGGGUUGCCCACUGGCUGAAGAGGCAGUGGCGGCGGAAGCAGAGAAAGAGUGUGUGGUUUCUCUCUGACAGUCUUUUUGGGCCCACUCCCACGAUGCCAGCCUCCAGAAGAGGGAAGCUGUGUGGGAGACGGUGUGUACAGGCCCCGACUCUGGCCUUUGCUCUGAGGAGCUGGCGACCUCCUGGUGUACAGGUGACAUCUAGAGGACCCGGGUGGUCCUCGAUCAGUGUUGUCAAGAGAAGGGGUCUCCGGGCUGCCCUUGGUCUCCAAUCCACUCCCUCAGGCCUGAGGGUUUCCUUGGCCUCUUCCCAGAGCCUGAAGGCCCAGCAGCCGACUUUGGGAACCUCAUCUGUGGCCCCGGUCUCCUUAACGACUGGGGGACCUGGAGACAAUGGUAGGUCCAGGACAGAGGCUCAGAUGCCCAGUGGGCAAGGCAACCCUGGAGGUUGUGCCUGUCCGGGUCAGGUUUCUCCAGCUCCUCGGGCUGCAGUGCCUCCCCGGGUAGCCCGAGGGCCCACUCCACGGACUGAAGAGGCAGCUUGGGCUGCCAUGGCACUGACCUUCCUGCUGGUCCUCCUCACCUUGGCCACACUUUGCACGCGAUUGCACCGGAAUUUCCGCAGGAGCGAGAGUAUCUACUGGGGACCCACGGCAGACAGCCAGGACACCGUGGCUGGUGAGAAGAGCGCCCCAACCCCUUUCUGGUGCGCCCAAUCGCCGGAAUUCCUUGCCUUUGACCUCUCACCUUCCCACAGCUAUCCUGAAACGAAGGCUGCCUUUGCCUUCGCGCCGGAUCAAGCGGUCUCGCAGACGGCCCCUGCUCCCACCCACACCGGAUAGUGGCCCUGACUCGGAGAGCUCGGACUGAGCGGCUCCGCCCCUCUGCGACCGCUGCCACGUGGGCCGUCCGCGGGCGCCCCCUGGCGGCGGGCCGAGAGGCCCUGGCGGCUUCACCUGGUUCCUGGAAGUUUCCUUCUAGCCUUCCUGAUACAAAUUCCUGUUCCUAAUUAAAUUAUUUUAGUAGAA